CACAAAAUGAAUCACCAUCAAUCAUCUAUUCCAUCGCACUGAAACGCAUAUGUCUGUCUAGCUGUGUUCCAUUCUGGAUUAUGUCCCUUAAUCUCAAUUCUCUUUCAGAUAGUGACAUUGCUUUUCGUUGCCGUAACCCGGAUAUUAUAAUCAGUGGUGACCCCGACGUGCGUUGCCUGGCGAAACUUUCUGACGAUGUUAUCGUUAAAUGCGGAUGGAGUGUCACUCCUGAAGAGACCGCUAACCAGGAAUUUGCCUACAAGUAUUCUUAUGCUUGUGAUCUGAAGGUACCAAAGAUAUAUCGGUAUUUCAGGAUGCGCAAUAUAGGAUAUAUUGUGAUGGAAUUUAUUGAGGGAACAUCUCUCGAGAAAAUUCAAUUCCAUAAGCAUUCUGGCCUUGUUCAGCGUCUAGCAACGGCAAUCCACAAUCUCUUUCAACAAAUGCCGGUUGAUUCACCGGGGCCUAGAAAUGGCGGCAUUCCUCGCGGCUCCUUGUUUUCAGAAGAUGGAGCUGGCACUACUUUGAACACUAUGGCUAAACUUAAUCAAUGGUUGAACGAACGUUUUCUAUUGGAAAAGGAUGAGUUAGGUUUCAAUUUUGACUUGUCCGACUGCAGAUUCUGCCACCUUGAUCUGACGCGUCGAAACAUCAUAUUGUGUCCUGAUGGGUCCUUUUGCCUUCUGGAUUGGGAGCAUGCAGGAUUCUACCCUACGGUUUUUGAAACUUACUGCCUUCUUUUUGCCCGUCAACAUGAUUACGAAUUUUCUCAAGAGCUCUUGGAGGCUUUGGACAAUCUGUCGCCGAAGACAGAGAGUCAUAAGGAACUAGAACGUCAUGUCCAAAUGCUGGAUCGGGUCUAUCGAAAUAAUCUGAGAUACUGUUUCUCAAACGCGGAUGACACUGAGCUUCGGAAAGAGGCCGAAAAAUUCGCUGCAUUCCCUUUCCCAUUACACACCGAGGUACCAACAUCAACGGUUCCACCACCCGCCUUGUUUACAGAAACCGUCCCACCUCCAUUGCAUCUGGGAUCAUGACUAUCUGGCCUUGGGCAUUCUUGUGAUAUCUACAUUGUAUACGACCCCCAAAAUCAGAUACUGUGGCAGCAGUUGCAUUUGAGAUAUAAUUUGCAUGGACGAAAUCCUGGAAAACCGUCCAACUGUGUGAACAAUUAGGUUCUAUACUGAUUGCAAUCUAAGUGAGUGAAUGGUUUACAUACGGAAUCGACAUCUGUUUCCUGAUCCAGCCAU